AUGUCUCGCCAAGCAGAUUCCCAACAACUAAAAGUGGCUUUACAAGAAUUAAAGCUAUCUAGAGAAUUGUGUAAUCAAUUGACUAGUGAACAUGAAGAGAACGAGAAAAUAUUGUUAGAAGCCCUAGAAAAUAAUACUAAGUUAAAAAAUGGUUUUGAUCAGUGUGGUGCAGAGUAUGAGAAUACCUUAAAGCGAAACUCUAUCCUGGAACGAGAACUGUGUGAUGCCCACAAACAAAUAGCACAAAUGGAAGAGGAGUCUCGUUUUUCAGGCGCACAAGAAACCCAAAGCUUAUUUAACGAAUUACUAUCAGCGAAUAGCGUAGUUAAGCAAGUUUCCGUUGCAAGCAAUAAUGUAGCCGGCUCCGUGAUUGACUUGACUCAUGAUAACACAGUGCCACCACUUAAUUCUGUAUGCAACAAAAAGACAUCAAAAUAUAGGUUAGAAUGUGGAGUUCGUCAAGGUGGGGUGACCUCUCCUGAUCUUUUUAACCUGUAUGUGAAUGGUUUGAUCGAGGAGCUCAGAGGUACCAAAGUCGGCUGUCACGUAGGAAAUGUUUGUGUCAGUAACCUUAGCUAUGCUGAUGAUAUGGUGCUUCUCAGCCCCUCGAUCACGGGGUUGAGGAAGCUGCUUUCAGUCUGUGAGCAUUAUGCUAAUGCUCAUGGUCUGAAAUAUAACGUUUCCAAAACCAAAAUGAUGGUGUUUCCUGCAGGUGGAGGUCCGGAUAUGGUACCUGAGGUGUAUCUAAACGGAACGGUUAUUAGUGUUGUUAAGCAGUUCAAAUAUUUAGGUCACGUGCUUACGGAGAGGCUGCAAGAUGACGAAGAUAUCGAGCGAGAACGAAGGGCCCUCGCUGUUAGAGGAAACAUGCUUGCACGACGAUUCGCUAAAUGCAGUAGGGAUGUAAAGACUACCCUAUUCAAAGCUUACUGCCUAGGCAUGUACACCUGUCAGCUGUGGGUAACAUUUACACACAAAGCAUUUAGAAGAAUAAGGGUCCAGUAUAAUGAUACAUACAGGGCCUUUAUGAAUCUUCCGAGAUGCUGCAGCGCAUCAGGCAUGUUCGUGGAGGGUGGGGUCCCUGACUUCUUCGCUGUAAUAAGAACAAGAAUCGCGACAUUUUGGAGUCGAUUGCGCAGCUCAAAAAAUAAAAUCCUCACGGCUAUAUCUGACGAUAUCAGGAGCCCUAUAUAUAAACGAUGGAUAUCUGUUCACAUGGAGAAUAACAAAAAAUAAAUUGGACAUGUAAUUAA